AGCUUCCAGAACCAGGAACUGCCUGAUGUGAAGGAGUUGUUUCGUGAGGAGCUGCGAAUGAACAUGUCCACCACCGACAUCGACGCGAGAGUGAUUGAGUACUUUCACCUGUGUAACUCGCUGAUAAAAAACAUGUUGCAAGCUCAUCGUGAGUUCGCUGCCGAAAGGACUGAAGAGCAAGGUGGGCAGUCAGGACGUGCAGCCGCCAAGGGAGCGCCAAAAGAAAGGUGUUUUCAUAGUGGCGGACCACACUACUUGUCCAAAUGCCCCAUGGUCACACCGGCCGAGCGUGACAAGCUGCUCGCCGACCACAAGCAAGACAGCAAAGGUGACUCGACCGACAAAGGGAGGCACCACUAG